AUGGUCACCACUUGGAACCUUAAUUCCUUGUCCAAAGAUAUUGCAGAUUUUGUUAUCUAUUCAAGAACUGUGAAGGAUCUUUGGACAGAUUUGGAGCAGAGGUUUGGUCAAUCCAAUGGAGCGAAAUUAUAUCACCUGCAAAAGGAAAUCAAUGGAUUAACUCAACGAUCUACUGAUAUUGUAGGAUAUUUUACUAGGAUUAAGAGGCUUUGGGAUGAACUUGACUCUCUCAAUUCUCAUAUCAAUUGUCUGUGUGCUUGUACCUGUGAGGGAAAGCAGAAAAUAGCCAAAUCUUUGGAAGAUCAAAGACUCAUCCAGUUCCUUAUGGGACUUAAUGAUGUUUACUCCCAGGCUAGAGGAAACAAUCUUAUGUUGAAUCCUCUACCUGGAAUUAACCAUGCCUAUUCUCUUCUCCUCCAGGAUGAGAAUCAGAGGGAGGCAUAUGUGAACCCUCAAAUUCCUACUAAUUCCUCAUCUUUUAUGGCAUGUAAUCAUCAUAUAGUUGGGUAG